ACUACUCUCUCUAGCAAAGACCUCACUCUACUAGAAAACAUGUCUUCCGCUCCUCUCAACUCAGACCCCGUGGCCACCCCACCUCGUCCUCCGUCUCCCGUCCACAACUUCGGUACUCUCGCCGUCCACGCCGGCGCUCCACAUGACCCCGCCACCGGAGCCGUGAUCGAGUCUAUCUCAUUGUCCACCACCUUUGCUCAGUCCGCUGUUGGCAAGCCCGUUGGCGAGUACGAGUACUCUCGAUCCUCCAACCCUAACCGUACCAACUUCGAGACGGCUGUUGCUGCUCUCGAGCACGCCAAGUACGCUCUCGCCUUCUCCUCCGGUUCCGCCACCACCGCCACCAUUCUCCAGAGUCUGGCUGCCGGCAGCCAUGUCAUUUCCGUCUCCGACGUCUACGGCGGUACCCACCGUUACUUCACCCAGGUCGCAAAGGCCCACGGCGUCAAGGUCACUUUCACACCAGAGAUCGAGGUCGACAUCGCCGAGCACAUCACUCCCGAUACUCGUCUGAUCUGGAUCGAGACUCCCAGCAACCCUACACUGCGCCUCGUCGAUAUCCGAGCUGUCGUUACUGAGGCCCACAAGCAUGGUGUCCUCGUCGUUGUCGACAACACCUUCCUCUCUCCCUACGUCCAGAACCCUCUCGACUUUGGUGCCGAUAUCGUUGUUCACAGUGUCACCAAGUACAUCAAUGGUCACAGUGAUGUCGUUAUGGGUGUUGCUGCCUUUAACAGCGACGAGCUCAAGGCCCGCCUGAGCUUCCUCCAGAACGCCAUUGGUGCUGUUCCCUCUGCUUUCGACUCCUGGCUCGCCCACCGUGGUCUCAAGACCCUGCACCUGCGAGCUCGCGAGGCCAGCCGCAACGCGGACGCUGUUGCCCGAGCUCUGGAGGCUUCUCCUCUGGUCAUUGCUGUCAACUACCCCGGCCUUGACUCCCACCCCCACCGACACAUCGCCAAGAAGCAGCACCGCGACGCUCUCGGCGGCGGUAUGCUCUCUUUCCGUAUCCAGGGCGGCCACGCUGCCGCUGAGCGCUUCUGCCAGGUGACAAAGAUCUUCACCCUCGCCGAGAGUCUGGGUGGUGUUGAGAGUCUGGUGGAGGUUCCCAGCAGCAUGACCCACGCUGGUAUCCCUCGGGAUCAGCGUGAGGCCGUCGGUAUCUUCGACGACCUUGUCCGCAUCAGCUGCGGUGUCGAGGAUGCUCAGGAUCUCACCAACGAUGUCCUCCAGGCCCUCGAGAAGGCUACCUCCGCAGCUAAGGCUAACGGUCUCAACGGCAACGGCGUUAACGGCUCCAACGGACACUAAACAUGUUUUUUUUGGAUAAUUCCAAUUGCGCGCGGUUUUCCUUUUGUUUAUUGUUUAUUUUAUAGAAGAUGAUCUAUGAUGACAUGUUAUGAAAAACUGUUUCCUUUGUCUGAGGAUGCUUCAAAGCAAAACAAAAAGAGAGAGAGAGAGAGGGUAUCUUAUUCAAUUUCCUAUGGGAAGGCAUUUUAUACAGCGGCUAGGGUUGAAAAAUGAUGCAAAUCGCAUCCGUUUGGUAUUGGGGCUUGAUAAUGGUAAGCCACCUAAAGAAUAUUAUUUCAGAUUAUCCGAAUUGUCUCAUC